GAACUGAUUGGCUGACAGGGUCGAUGACGUCAUACGCAAAACGCCGGGCCUACCGCGGGAGCGCGAGGGACGCCACGAAUUCCGUUUGGAGGCAUCUUUGAGCUUGCCGAGUAGACACCAUGAGCAAAGCUCACCCUCCCGAGCUGAAAAAAUUUAUGGACAAGAAAUUAUCAUUGAAAUUAAAUGGUGGCAGACAUGUUCAAGGAAUAUUGCGGGGGUUCGAUCCAUUUAUGAAUCUUGUGAUAGAUGAAUGUGUGGAGAUGGCAACUAGUGGGCAACAGAACAAUAUUGGAAUGGUGGUAAUACGAGGAAAUAGUAUCAUCAUGUUAGAAGCCUUAGAACGAGUAUAAACAAUGGAUGUGUUUGUUCAUCAGAAGAAUCAACUGCUUCCACAUGUCCCCUCUCCAUAGUACCUGUUUUACUACAAUAUAAAAAUCAGAUCGUGUGCAUUCUCAUAUUGAGCUUUUUUGUUAAAUAAACUUUUAUAAUGGCCAAAAA